AUGAAGUUCUUCGCAACCAUCGCCCUGCUAGCCACUGCCGUGGCCGCCGCCCCAGCUGAGAAGCUCUUCAAUCUUAAGACCUCCGGCGCUUCCAACAGCACCCACAACGACCUGUACCUCUCCGUCGGCCGCGGUGUCGUUCCCGACCCCCUCAACAGCGAGGCCGUCUUCGCCGGUGCCGCCUCCAACCGCGCCGCCUCCUUCUACUUCGUCAACAGCACUAUCUACUGGAACACCGGUUCCACCCAGGCUCCCUAUGCCCUGGACCUGAUCAACGUCGAGGGCGUCCGCAAGGAACGCGCCCAGAUUAGCGUCGACCCUACCACCGGCUCUAAGGGCUUCUCUAUCACUCCCGAGGGUGUGAAGGGACCCAGCGAGACCUGGGACGGAUGGCUGUGGUGCCCCGUCAAUGCCGAGGCCGGUCAAUUCUACCCCAACCUGCACUUCCUCAGCAAGAGCGUGCAGGAGCCGGCUGUUCCUGCUGGAUGUGAUAAGAUCAACCUCCAGGCUGUGCCCAGGACCUCUGCUUAA